AUGUCGCGUCUGUUCUCGAACGAGCAACAUGCUCUUCUCCAUGCCGAAGAACAUGAGCGCAUGCUCCCGCGCAGCGAGGACGAUACUGUUCCUCCCUGUCUUCCUCCCAAAGAAGUCACCAAGGUCGCGCUACGCUUGAGGCACUUGGUCGAGCAGGUGAUUCCUUGCGACCUCGAAGAAUGCGCAAUAAGCAGGCCAAAUAGCACUGUCAUAACUAAAGCUGUCAUUGAAACAGCGAGAAACACUGGGGGGAUCGAAUAUAGAGCUUGUGUUGUCUUUGGCCUCUUGGUCUGCCUGCGCUGGUUUAGAAUCCAAGCUUCCAAAGAGCUUUGGGACUCCGAUCUCCAUGGCUUGAGGGCUGCAGCAUGCGAAAUUCUUGCGAAGAGAUUGCUUGAAAGCGAAGACGAUCAUGAUUUUCUUAUGCAAGCAGUGCUUCUGAAGCGAUAUUCGGUCAUCACGAAUGACAAUGAGGUUUCUUCCCCUGUGAAUGUGAUUGAGCGCGCUGUUGAUCUACAUGCUUUGCAAAUCAUCGGCUCGUCAGGAUACCAAAAAUGUAUCAAGUACCUAUGGCAUGGCUGGCUUUGCCAGGAUGAUCUGGACGCUUCCAAUUUUGUCGAAUAUAGGAACCGCACCAAUACGUCCUACUGGGCUCACUUCAACCCGGAUAGGAUGCGAGUCCCGAUUUACCAGAAUACAGUUCAGAUAUUUUUCUCCAUGUUAUACCUGGCACUGUAUACUGGUGUUAUCAAUACAAUUAAUUCGACUGGUGAUCUUGAUAUCGUGGAAGGCAUUCUCUAUUUGAUGACGUUUGCCUUUAUUUGUGAUGAGGUCUCAAAAUUCUGGAAAGUUGGCCGCAACAACUUUGGGUUCUGGAAUGCGUUCAAUUCCACUCUCUACUCCCUUCUUGCCGCCUCCUUUAUCAUGCGGGUGAUUGCCCUUACUCGCUCGUCCGACACGCACGACUUGGAAAGGCAACAUUUCAACAAGUUGAGCUACAACCUUCUAGCGUUUUCUGCGCCGUUGUUCUGGGGCCGACUUCUUUUGUACUUGGAUACCUUCCGCUUCUUCGGGGCCAUGCUCGUGGUCUUGAAGGUGAUGAUGAAGGAAAGCUUGAUCUUCUUUGCACUUUUGGGAGUAGUCAUCGUCGGCUUCUUACAGGGCUUUGCCGGCAUGGACCAAGCGAAUCCCGACAACCUUAUGACUCCCGGCAUGAUUCUCCAGGGAAUGGCGCACACGGUGAUGCAGAAUCCUGAUUUCGACGCUUUCAAGGACUUUGCAUUUCCAUUUGGUAUUGUGCUUUACUAUUUUUUUACUUUCGUUGUUAUGGUUGUCCUGCUGAAUAUUCUCAUCGCUUUAUAUAACAGUGCCUAUGAGGACAUUACUGGAAAUGCGACCAAUGAGUACCUUGCCCUUUUCGCCUACAGAACUCUUCAAUUCGUCCGUGCUCCCGAUGAAAAUGUUUUUAUUGUUCCUUUUAAUCUUGUCGAAAUAUUUUGCUUAAUCCUCCCGUUUGAAUGGUGGAUGUCCGACGACCGCUAUGAACGUCUGAAUCAUUACAUUAUGGGUGUUAUUUAUUCCCCGCUUCUCCUAAUCACUGCCUUCGUUGAGAUGUGUCAUGCGCGACAGAUCCAAAUUAACCGGCGGUUAGGCGAGGAAGAAGACGAGCAGUUGGAAGAGUGGGAGGAGGUAGCUGCUUUAGUUGAUGCAGGAUCUGACGCUGCGGAAUGGAACCGAAAGGUUCAGGAGAUCAAACCAAACGUAGAGAUCGACCCCUGCGUGAUAGAAGUUCGAGAGCUGAAACAGCAGAUCUCUGAGCUGCAAGCAUUGGUAAGGGCGAUGGGCGAAGAGCGCCGCACAGCCGCUCAAUUCGAUAGAACUGAUCCCGUACGGACGAAUGGGACAACGGGAGAUUCCAACUUGGAAGAGUGA